AUUAUUGAAAUAAACAAGAAUUUAAAUGUCAGUUUUGAAAGUCACUUUCAGAAACACAACUGUCAAAAUAUUUCUCUUCAUUCGACUUUUGAGUAAAGUAAACAGACAACAUUCGGUGGAAUUUGGUACCAAUUGUUACCAGAUAUCGAAUAAUGCUUCCAAUUCGAAGUCGUCUUUCAAAGUGUUCAUGUACUUGGGAUCUACCUGGGAUCCGGAUUGAGUAAUCUGUGAGAGUUUUUAAACUGUAGCCGACAAAUUUGCUAUUGCAAUUACUUGCAAUGCUUCAUUAUCCUUUUCGAAUAUAAAACUUCCAAAUUAUUACCCACAAAAUUAAUUUUAUUUUAUCAGAACAAUUACAGCAGUUGACUUGGAUGAACAGGACGGUUUGCAACAGAUCCACAGCCAAAUCAAUUCCAAUUCAUGUAUUGGACUUGCCAAUGAACUUAUUAAAAGGCUAGAAAGCAGUGAACAUUUAUCAACACUGUUCACAUUGCUUCAACUGCUCCAGACUCAAGCUGGAGGAAAUUCAAUAUGGAAGGAAGUCGAAAGAUUUAUCCAAACAGUGGUAAAUCGGCAAAUCCAUAAUGAUCUGAAUCAGGAUUUGAAUUUAGAAACGAAGAAUAAAAAAAGCAUACAGUCGAUAUCAAUGCACACAUCGUUGUCCACGGAAUCGUUGAUAAUUGAAGAGAGUCACGGAACAAAACCUGUCAUUCCUCACAUAUCACCAGCACCACCACCGCCUCCACCAUCCCCAAAUAGCAACAAUCCUUCGCCGCGUCCUGACAGUACUUCUUCUGAAAUUGAGGAAUUGCUACCGCAACAGAGUCCACCGAAUCCGAACUUAAAAAUGAAGUCAUUAUAUUGGGAUAUAGUAGCGCCUCAAACGGUGCUGGGCCAGAAAAACAUCUGGACUACCAUGGCCAAUAAACACAAGAAAUCUUUUCGACUUCCAAUUGAAUGGCAUAAAGCAGAAUCAUUAUUCUCUGUUCCAUUACCAAUGACAACAAAUACUCUGGAUAGAUCAACAAUCAAACCGCAUUCAACAAAAUUGAAAUUACUAAAUGAUCAGCAUAGUUUUCUCGUUGAAAUAUUCCUCGAACAAUUUAAGGGCUUGAAAACAGAUGAUGAAAUUAUAGAACUUGUUCGUAGCUGCAGGCACCAAAUCAUGGGUGUGGAGAAAAUCAAACGUCUAUUAAGACUUUUGUCCGAAAUGGAUGAGCUGAAUAUACUUAGAACGUUCACUGGCAACCGAAAUCACUUAGUUCGAGCGGAAAUCUUCUUGAUUAAACUAAUCGAAAUUCCUGAUUAUAAACUUCGCCUAGAAUGCAUGGCAUUUAAGGAAGAUUUCAACGAAAAUUUUACACAAUUGCAAGAUUCAAUGAAAAUUGUGAUACAAGCGGGCAAUGAACUUCUAAAUAACAAGGGUUUGCAUGAAAUCUUGUACACAAUAGUGUUGGUGGGAAACUUUUUAAAUUCGGGAAAAUUUGGUGGAAAUGCCAUUGGUAUUAAGUUGUCGUCUUUGCCGAAACUAAGUCAAACACGAGCUAAUACCGUCCACAUGAAUUUCUUACAUUUUAUGGUUGAUCAAAUAAAGAGAACGCAGCCACAUCUAUUACAGGCAUUGAACGAAUUUCGAAAUUUGCAUGAAACUGAUAAAAUAAAUCUAGAACAAAUACCCGUCGAUAUUAAAAAAUUUGAUAGUCUUUUGCAAAGUCUAAAAUCACAACUUGAAUUACCAAACAUCAUGUUGGACAUGAAUGAGCAGAUGUUAAAAUCAUUAGAAAAUGAUGAAGCUCAAAUCCAAAAUUUGAAAGAGACUUUAAAAGACGUAGAAGAUAUACGUAUCAAGGUAGCUACUUUCUUUUGUGAACCCUCGUCCACAUUCAAAUUGAAGGACUGUUUUAAAAUUUUUGAAAAAUUUCUAUGGGAUUUGAAACGUGCCGAAACGGAACUCGAAAUCAUUGAAACCAAAUCCAUAAGUAAGCAGAAGCAAUCGUAUGGAACAAUAGCAACCCCAUCGAGAGGAAAAUCAAAUAUUAAUUUGCACAAUCGCUUUGAAACUGUAAAAGUUGCAAGAAGCAAAGGUUUCAUAAGAGAGGCAAUAGAAUCUGAACAAAGUAACAGGGUGAUAUUGAAAACUAGUACAGCUGAAAAGAUAAGUUCUUUGCAAAAGUCGAAAAAAGAAUCGGCAGUUGAUAAAUUCAAGUCAAACAAGGAAACAUUGCAGAAAAGUGUUUCAAGUAAAAUUCGACAUUAUUCGGAUAUUUCACAGCAGCAUAACUCAGGUAGUGUGACAAAUUUGCCCAGCGUAGCUAAGGAUAAAUCAGCUAUAUCAAAAUGCGAAGAAAUCGGUGUCCAUGUAAUGCCAGUAAAUGAGGCAAAAUUGCAAGAAAUUAUUCGGAAAUUAAAACCAGUACCUAAAAAGAACAGUCUAUGGGAUAUACCACGAGAAAAACUAUUACGACACUCAAUUCCAAAGGGACCCAUUACUAAGGAUAAGGACAUUUUUGCAGAUAGAAAGAAGUUUUUUGAAAAUAUUGCCAGCAAAACAGAUAAUGAAAAAACUCAAACGCCUAAAUUAACGCUGCAAACAAGAAACAAAAUCAAUUACAGCUCGCUGAAAGAUACAUCAAACGAGUCGUCGGUAACCGAGGAAGCAAGUGAGGAAACAAAUAUGAACCGAAAGCAUGCAUUUAAUUCAACACCUUCCGAAAUGCCGAACUCCAAAAUAGAGGAAAUAAAUGAAUUGAAAAAGUCUCAGAAUGAAUCAGAUGAUAUGGCUAAAAUGACGAAAAUUGAGGGCAAGUCAUCUUUUCCAAAACGCAUAUUUACCUCAAUUGUAAAAAAAAUUGGCUUUGGGAAAUAAAUUUCAAAAUAACAUCAAAUUUUUAAACUUAAUUACAUCAGAUAUUUUUUUUAAUUUUCAGGCAUAUAACAUAGUUUUAAAUUUUGAUGGUCUUUAAUAAGGCCUAUAUAAGGUCGGACAAGAAGUUAUUGACUGCAAAUAUGGGCUUAACUCCAAUUUGGACUUAUUAAAAUUUCUAAAAAAUAUAUAAAAAUACAUAUCAAAAGAACCUCGGAUAGGCGUCGCAUAAGAAAACAUAUAAAAAUCAACUUUUUGACAAAACUUUUUUAAAAUUAAUUAAUCAAUUAACCCAGGUAGGUUAAUUUUUCGUCAAUACAUUCUUCUGAUCCUUGUAUAUCAGGGUUAAGUCGGGAAUAGAUUUUUUCGGUUUAAACUGUCAAAUUAAUUGUACAUACCAUGGUACAAUACGGUGGUAGAACAGUUGUGUAAAACUACAGAAAUGCAGGCCUGAGGCUGUUUCUAUUUUUCAAAAUAAUAAAUACACACACAAAAUCGGCAGAAAUCGGAUACACUUAAGGUGGGAAUACAUAAAGCGCUUAUCUGGCUGGCUUCUUUGGAAAUGAACAAAGGAGCAUAGGGCCAAAUUCGAACUAAGUCAACCUAAAACUCCUUUGUUGCAUAACAAAUAUUUCAUAUCCUCCAUACAUUCACACAAAUGUAAACUAUACAAAUUAUUACAAGAGGAUUAAAACAUUAAACGGUACACAAGGGACUACUUCACAUUUUCAAAUGAAUGAGCAGAAAAGUAUGGAAAAAGUCACGCAUUUAAUAAUUGUCUCACAACACUAGUUUUCCACGUGAACUUGAAUAGGAUGAGACCGAUUUGUUUUUCAAAACUAACAUUUAUUGUUGCUUUUUAUGUGUUGCUCAAUAAUGUUGGAUCUGAAUCGCAAUCUGAAGAUAUCACUUGUAUUGGAAAAUAUGUACCUCCAUAUGCAAAUAUUGAAAUCAAAGACAAAUUGUUUUCACCAUUACUAUGUGAAAACUGCGAUCAAAAGCCAGAACACACAGUUCUAAUGAACAAUGGACAUCAGCUUUUAAUUAAAAUGAUGUACCGCGAUACUCACAAUGUACCAACCCUAGUUGGCGGAAUACUAGAGGACAAGGGAACCUAUCGCUUUAAAGAAAUUUAUUUUAGUUGGCUAUUUGAAACACCUGAGGAAUGGUCAUUCAACGAAGUGAAUUUUCCAGCUGAACUCCAUAUUGUAUUCUAUCACACUAAAUAUGGAGACUUAGAAAAUGCUUUAAAUGCCGAUGAAGGGAUUGCGGUACUAUGUAUAGGGUUUAGGGUUAGAAGGCACAAUACACCCAGCUCAUUUCUACGCAUUGUCGAUACUUCGUUGUCGAGGGUUCUUCAAGCUCCCAGCAAUACAAUGGUACAAGAAAAUGGAAGUGUUUCGGUUUCAGAUUUUCUGCCAAAGGAUUUAAAAUAUUUUUACGGCUAUACGGGUUCUAUGCUUGCCACUGAUACCCCUUGGCCUACAACAUGUAAAGCGAAAGUUAUAUGGAUUGAUGUGGAAGAAAGCCUACAAAUACAUCCGGAUCAAGUGUUGGAGUUAAGAAAAUUACGUAAUUUUCAUGGUAAAUCCCAUUUUCCGCAUGCAAUAGAGUAUUCACGGCCAACGAUUCCUGUCUAUAGGUCCCUAGAUCCUAAUGGGAAGGAUAUUGAAUAUGAUAAUGGCCAACAACCAACAGCGAAUGUGUGGUCUCUUAUUUUUAUUUUCUUUUUGUAUUUAGCUGUGUAAAACUAAUUUCUACGACUAAAGGCGAGAAUACAUAAAACGCUUUUUUGACUGGUUGUUGAUGAGAA